AUGUCACACAAGUUACUGGAUAGCGCUGCUCCCAUAGAUCUUAAGAUAUUGUUCUUAAAUUAUCAACAGAUGGAUGCAAGGUCACCGAAGCUCAUUGUAUCGAAAAUACACAGUUUCGCGGCGAAAAAGAAUGUUAAUCCUGGAAAACGGGCUCCUAGAAAGCAGACACCUGCAGACAAAAACCAAAUUAAUAUUGUAUACACGGUGAAGAAACCACGAGAUGGAUCGAAAAUAGAAAUAUAAACAACCAGCCAUCGUUAAAACUUGCAAUUUGGUUAACUCAGCGUGAAAUACUCGAAAAGUAAUGGUUCUCUCUGUUUUUAGCGGUUUGAAAGUACAAUCGCCGUACGACAAAGGUACAAAGUUUGUAGAAAGGUCGAACACCUAAGUGAACAGAAUCCUUGUUUUUGCGAGGAGCUCUUGCGUUUAUUAACAAAGACAACUGAAAAGUUUCCACAUGGAAAAACACAGCUUGAAACAUACAGGUACUUUGUGCUUUUUUCUUCACAGAUUCAUGAAAAGGAGAUUGACUUAGAGACAAUUGAAAUAUCUCACUUUUCCAACAUGUUAUUUCAUAACUUGUAAACUUGUUUUGCAGUGGCAACCUAACUUUGGCAAAAAAUUUCGUUUGGGCGGAUUAAAAGGUAAAUACACAUAUGGCAAACAAGUGCAUUUAUCGAUGCAAAUCCAACCGUUGGCUUUUGUCUUCACAGAAAUGGAGAAAAUCAAUUUGAAAAGAAUCCCUGUCUUGAAGGUUAAUUUUGCAUUAUGUUUACAUAAGUCAUGGGAGGACGCGGUGACAGCUUCUGAAUAUUGCAUGAAUGUUUGUACAAAUAAAAUACCUUUAAAACGAUAUCAAAUAUUUCAAAAGUAUAAAUAUUUAAUCAACUUUGAUUUAAGGAGGCAAAGUGCCUAUUCGUCAGACACUUCUGCUUGCCUUCUCGACGGCGAAGUCCAAACCUAGGAGAACUUCCCUGGUAAGUUCAGUGGUAAUUCUUUGUACAAAUUCUCAAUGUUUUCUCGAAAGGAAAAGUUGUUAUUUGCCAUCAUUUCCGAUUGUUUACCUUUUUAAAGUAAAUAGAGUGAAGAUAUUUUCCCGUUGCGGAUUCUAUUUACUCAUAUAUAUUGGAAAACAGUUUAAUCUACCCUAGGCCCUAACGAGAAAUAUUUGAGAAAAACUCUCGUUGUUUUCAAACAUUCUAAUCCAUUGACGCUGCAAGUGCAAUGCUACACAAACGUAUAAAGCUUGAUCUCGAGUAAACGAGACCUCACAUUUUCAUCAGUUUAACCAGUUGAACUGAUACACGAGGAAGAAAUGGAAGCAUGUUGUUUCGUAGAUUAAAAUGGCCGGUGCCAACAUCAAACGGAAACUUUGGGUAUUGUGAUCGCAUUACGAAAAUGUAGGUGAACGAUUUGUAGUAGUAAAUACGACAAAUAUACUUUAGUGAUAUGCCCCAAACGUUCUUGAUAGUAGACCGCGGCAAAAUUUUUAUUUACCGAAUGACGUAUCGCUAAAAUCAUAACAAAUUUGUAAAUUCGUGAAGCCAUUGGCUUCGGGCAUAUGUCUACCCGCUCGCUGGUUUUACGGAUUUACUGUUCAUGAACUAAUAAAUGAUUUACAAAGCACUUCACCUGGAAAAGAGAUAUUAUUGUCAAUUAGCGCUGAAGAACAUGUCUCAAAAACCUUGAAGAAUCUCGCUAAAUAAUGCGUAAAAGUUAUAAGUAUCAAGUGCGCUUUGUUUAAUUAAAAAACCAAUACAGUUUUGCAGAUGAUUUAAAACCAGAAGAGUAUUAAGUUAUUAAAAAAAACAAACUUGAUUCAUGAAUGGCCUAGUAAACAGAUAAAAACCACAAGCUUUUGGCGACAAAACAAAGGUGGAAACUUCACUAAAAGAAUAAAAAUAUGCCAUGAAACAGACUGAAUUUUCUACACGAGGGGCCUCUUGAGAGAUUAGCGUAAAUUCAUUCAUAUAACCUGUGAGAGAAUUCAGUGUUAUCUUUCUUUGAGCACGUUCGAAUUCCAAAUGAAAACCAGAGGACAAAAAAAGCUCGGUAAACUGCAAACGCUCGCUAGUAGAAUUGCCGCAAAAACUAACUGCUUACUUCUUGACUCUAUAACAGAACUGAGAGGACCUCAUAGGCGGUGCAGGAGUUGCGUGUUCAUAAAUGCUAUUGCAUAAUACUGCUUUCAUAGUGAACUUCGCAGCAGUGAAGCUAUUGAUCCACGCAACACACCUGUUACGUCGCGCCAGAGUCACCUGUUUAGAUUUUUUCAACGCGUGCUUUUGGUAGCAUUUUUAAUCUAAAGAUGGCAUUUGGGGGAUUAGUAAGGAUAAUGAGCGUACAAGAAUUGAAGCUCUAUGGCUUGGCAAGUGCUUUUGUUUUCGCAUUGUUCGAAUGAAGUAGUUCUUGUUUCUUCAUUACCCGUAGUGCUCAAAACGAAAGUGUGAUUUACAGUAGCAGUCGAAUUAUUUAGCUUUCUCAAGAACUGGUUUUGGGUGGAAAAUUAGUUCUUUACGAAAGCUUUAUUAACACAUCCAUUAAAACCCUUUCUCUUGGUAAUCAAGGCUUUAUGGUGAAAAAUUAAUUUCAUUUAUUUGAUGUGCCAAUUGUCACUCACAUGUACCGGCUAUUAAAUUUUUUUACCGUGGGAAAAAGUGUGACGAGUCGCAAUUUCAGGAGUACAAUCGGGGAACGCCUCUUGUCGAGAAACAGAUAAUGGCUGUGUGCAAUGGUGGAAUCAUAUGAUUGUGUUGUAAUCGUAUAUGACAGUUUUAAUUGUUUGAAGAACAAAUUUAUCUUGUGCUUUCUCGAAGUAUUGUCUUACUGACAAAACUGAGCCAAGGAAGUGACAGAAUCUCCUGGAAACCGUUAUCAAGAUACAUCGAAAUUCAGGUCUAUAAUUCCUCAUAUCUUAACCGGAAACUUCGAAGGGGACUGGGUGAAUGUAGGACUCGUGAAAAUGUCGUCUACUUCUCACAUGUUAGGUUGCACAAAUUAGGUUACGCACUUUUAAUCGCCUCUGAGCCUUUUCCUUUUUGAAAGCAAACGCCGAACAACUCGCCUGCAUAAAAUAUCUCAACAAAUUAUGUCAUUUCUUUGACACCGAAUAACAACAGUUCGCUUUUAAAAUAUUAAGGGCAAUUUAUCUCUAACUUUUUUUUGAGAUGAUGGAACGUUAACAUAAGGUCUUAUCUGGGAAUUGAAGAGAAGAUAGCAGGGAAGAUAAAUUUGUUUUGUUUAGACCGAAGGACUUGCGAGAUGAAAAGAAGCCAUAAGCUGCGGGUCAUCGGAUAGACUGAAGGUUCUUUUUUUUCACAGAUGAAUAUCGGGCAAAAAGAUUUUCAACAGGAUUUUAAGCGUUUGUUUGUUUGUUUCUUUAUUAUUUUUACAUACACCAUAGACAUUAUGAACAGUUUUGAUGAUUUUCUUUUCGUUGAUCAACAUUGAAAUUUAGAGAAAGAUAACAUUUGACUCAAUGGCUUAUCAAGCGGAAUUUCGAAAUGAAAACAAUGGUGAUCGUUCAACAGAAAUGGAAGCCAAAACAAGCGCUUGACACAACUGGCACAGGAAAUAUACCCUUGACGCUAAUCGCUAACCUUGUGAGAUAGAUGUGACACGAUAGGAUCAGUUCUUCAUGUCAGACACCCAUUGAUGUAAUAAGAAGUUGCUGUAUAAACAAACUCAAUUUGCUGAUAAGUUAAAACACACCUCCUAUCAGCAAAGAUAAUACUGAGGAAGUAGAACAUUAGCUGAGAUAUCAGCACCUCAUUUUCACUUUGCCAAGAUUUGUAACGCACCCAGGGAGAUGAUAAAUCUAUUGCUAACAGCUAAUCAAGAUUGCGCACUCGCCAAAGUUAACAAAACGAGACAAAAUAAAUAAAUCAACACAGACUGGAUAACAUUGCUAUCUUUUAAGAACAUCUAUUAUUAAGUCAUAAACCUUGAGACAGAUCACCCACAUCGAAUCAAGUUAGAUGUUCAUUUAGAUGUCAAAUUCAAUUUUCUGUAACAAAUGGCUUGGAAAAACAGGAUCAGAGUUUUUGAGUGCAAGUGUUUCUGAUAUCAUCUUCUGCCAUUUUACAUUAAAAUGACACUCUCAGUGUUAAAAUAAAGAAUAACUCAACGAAAUAAUGUUAUUGGGGUGAAAGGAAGAAAGUAAACGGAAUCUGCCUCAUACCAGUAAAAGGAUACCUCAUGGGAAGUUGCGUUGGUAGGUCACAGGAAGGCAGGAAUUCUAUUUCUGCCUCAUGCACAUCUGAUAAGGCGUUGAAAUACUUUGACACCGCACGAAGCCCUUCAAACAUGAAAGACAUUUUUUUCAAAACGAUAUGCUGUUAUUGGUUAAGAAUUGCCUGAGUGGCUCUCCGUCACAGCUUGCUCCUGGUGGGGCUUCUAUACAAAUAAACCCUUGUCCUCCUGUGAUUUGACAGGUCGGAAGUCUGCACCCAACACAAUAUUUCCAGUCACAUCCUCGGUGGCGAAGAUCUUUAUUCAUUGGCGGGUACUUAUUAACUAACUGUUAGGCGGAGAGACCUUGAACUUUGUCGAUGGUGGAGCUGUUGCUUCCAUUGUGUGGCUGUUAAUAAUAUAUUAACAUCUUGUGUUGGAUUUAUUUAAUGAGCUAUAGAAGAGAGAGAAAUUCGAUUAGACGCUGAAUUCCUCGAUUUAGACAUUGACGCGGUGGGUGCAUACCAUUUGAAGCAGUUAAGUACAGAGGUGGGUCUUAGCGGAAUAACUGUUUCAAGAUUUUUUCACGAGCAGGACGGAUUUCCGGAAACAAUUAAUGCGCUAUGUUUAUCGCUACAUAUUUCAGCUUGAUAUCAAGUUUUCACUGUUUAAAGUUUAGAAGAAUCAUUAGAGGCAGCUGCAAAUAUACGCUGCACAAAAGUAAAGGAAUAUACUGAUAUGCACUAAGGAAGUCAUUUAAAUACGCGAUGUUGUUCCAAUUCCAGCAGCGAAAGAGAAAAACCUGUUAGCUACGAUCCGAAGUGUUCUCAGCAGCAACAGUGUAUCUAUCAGAAUUUUUUUUAGAAAGCUGACCAAUUUAAAAUAACGGGAUAAAAAUACCAUAUAAGAGUCACUCAUAGUGCGGAAAGUUUAUUUCUCUCGGGCCAAUACAAAAUUGAAUUCAUUACACGCCACGAAGAUAUCCUAAAUAAUCUCUCUAGAGGCAGUGAAUGAAACUCCUUAAGUGCAGGAACUUAUGUUUGUAAACACUUCUAUUGUUUAGACUUCAAUUUACACGGGUUAUUGACGACAGACUUAGAGUUUAUCAAAACAAUUUAGAAGCUCCGUAGUCUUAUUCGCCAGAGUAGCCAAUAGUUUACGCAAGCAAUCGACCACCAUUAAUAUUCAAUUUGGAUUUCAUGUACCAGUUGAUGAAGUAUUAUUCGUGUUUUGAAUCGAAACAAUAGAUCACUAUGGCCUACCUGAUGUGCGUUUACUAUAAACGUGAAUUAAUAUUCACAGAAAUCGAGGUUUCAAAACUGCGUGACCCCCACAUAAUUGACGACGUUUUCUUCAAAAUGGAGAGAGAGAAAGCUCAAAGGGUCGUUACAUUUGUUGGUGCUUGCGAAAAUUGGAACCCAAAGGUGGCAAUGUAAAUAUUCGCGAUUAAACACGUAGAUGUGACAAGUAUCCUCUAUCACUUUAAACGUUAUGCAAACAAAAGAAAACGAAUAGUUGAGAUUUGCUUCCACUAAUUUUGGAUCAAUUCAGCAUGAAAACGGGCUCGAUUUCAUAUGCUCUAGGCAGGGGUCGGUUUUUGAUUGAUGGGGUCGAAACAAGAGCAACUUUUCUUUGCACUGCCUAAGGGAACGUCGCCACAGUGUAGUAUUUUCUUCUCAGUUGAACGGAUCGACUUGUAACUGCGGCUGAUAAGCAAAAUUAAAGACGAGUAACAAGUUGACUGACACUAUGAUGAUUUGCUUGUCUAAACAAACAAGGUUAACAGGCAUUAUUUUCAACAGUUUUGUCUACAGGAUCCCUGCAUGUGAGCGAGCCCGCACUCAAGCAGACAAGAUUAACUGACAUUUAAUUUGAACUUUCGAGAAACACAGAUAACAGUGUCGACCGCAGUUCAUCGCUCAUUGGCGUCGAUAUAAGUGCUAUUAUUCGGCAUGCUAUUUCGAGGUUUGCGUUCAUUAAUCGUUUGGAAAACACCUGAUCCUUAUGUUAGUGUUAUUGAAAUAAUAAGGCCUUGCAAAGUUCAUGAAAUAGUGUUUUUGAAUCAAGCCCUAAGUAACCAUAACAUUGGCAAUUGAGGAGCCAAAACAAAGGAAACGCAUAAACAUUUCACUAGCUUCCUGUGAUCAAACGAAAGCGCCUAAAAGCCGAAAAUAGCAUUCAAAACCUUUCUCACCUCAUAGAGAGUGAUUUCUGACAGUUGGUAAUGGAAUCGGGAAUUUUAAAGGUGCCAAGAUUUCGCGAAAUCGUAUUCAAUCCCCGCGCUUCUUACUUAAUUAUCAUGUCCACGCCGAGGGCAAUGCUGUCAACUUGGAGGGCUUGACAAACCGUAAAUGCAAUAAAUGUUGGGAAUACAUAAUCACUGUCCUGUAGUGAAAUUUAGAUUAGUUCAGUAAACAGAAACAGCAGGUUAACAGAUAAACUUCCGCGGAUUUCUACCGUCGCUUUCCAAAACCGGAAUCUAGGCUUCAAAAUUGGCGAAAUUGCGUCCACUAGAAGUGCUUUCGCGAGUUAAUAAAGUGCAGCGAAGCGUUGACUGAUGCAAUUUAGCAUGCAUUAAUACACUAACUUCUACUACAAGCACAUUUCAAUUAUAUCCCACGCGAGCCAAGACAACUGUUGUUUCAGAUGUAAAUAAUAGGGUAAUAAAUUGAAGCACCGCCAAUCAGAAUUCCCAUUUCUAGAAACAAUUAUGUCUAGCAAGGACAGUAGGAGUACAUCCCGUGGCGAAAAUAUCAGAGCGACCCCAAUUGCUUCUUCAAAAGCUUCCCGGCCCUUCUCAAGGUUAACUGACUGGGUUAAAUUGAUUCGGUUCGCCUCAGUCUCGAGAAAUUUGGCCACUUUCAUAUAGAGCGCAGUAUUUUCCUCAACUGAAGAUAAAAAAGAACCGGAGAAAGGUAAAUGAAUCUUCAGCAUAUAUUUACAAAAAAUAUCAUUGGGUUAACACUUAUUUGGUUUCAACCAAAUUCUCAAUCGUUGUCAAGGCACAAAAUUUUCGCAUGACUUAAUGAGCUGUCGCAUGAUUUUUAUGACAAAGUUCGCGUGCUUUUUGCUACUCAUUGGUGAAAUAAAUACACAGCUGUUUUAUAGCACCUUUUUCUACUUUUGACACUGGAAACAAUACCGGCAUUUGCCUCGCGCUUCAGGUCAAAUCUAAAUUCGUAAGGUGAGAUCGCAUCCGCCUCGAACUUUUUCAUACACAAACACGUUGCUUCGAUCUGAUAAGACACAGGAGAGAUGAACCUGGCUCUGAGAAACGAAUUUGACAUUUGAAAUCCAUUUUUCUGCGAGUAUUCUAUAAUUUACGAGAUCCACAGCUGCUAAUUUCCGGUAAACAGGAGCGUGAUAUGUCCAUCAAAAAAUGCGCACAGGUUUGUACUCUUGCUGAAGAGCUAAAAGUGUUCCCGUUGUGGCCUCGAAAUAAAAAUUUCCCUUACAACUGGAAAUUGUUUGUUUACACUAAAUUAUAAAUCUUUAACAACUCUUUAGAAUAAACAUUUUGAAUGUACACAAACCUUAAUAGUACCAGCAAAUACUGUAAUCAACCCUAUAAGACCUUCAUACGUGAAAUAUUUACUUUUGAGGGGGUUUAUGAUGUUACUGUUACUCUAAACUGUAAUUAAAACCUGGGAAAUAAUAAUGUUAAGCUUAUCCUCGACUGCAACAGACUGAGUAUUUUGAGCUUAUCACGAGGAGCCGCUAUCGCUUUUAUGAAAGCCCGUUGACUCAAUUCAGAACAUUCCCAAUCAAGUCAGGUCGUUUAAGUGAUAAGAAAGCCGCUUGUGUGGUUUAAUUCAUGAAUGUUUCGCGCGUUUUUGUAGGAUACGGCUCGGUUGUCUGGCUCUCGCACCGCGCACAGGUGGAGCGAAAUAAGCGUUCCUGUCUUCUGUUGUUGUCAUGUUGUUUUCGGAGAAAGAGGAAAGCGCAUUUGCAUGGUACAGGACCCCAGCGUGGGGCAGCAUUAUCGCGAAAAAAGAUUCACAGCGGGUAGUUUGUAAUAAUAAAAAAUAAAAUCUACAUCGUAUAAUUAAAGCUAAAUAGCCUGCACUUGGGCCAGACAACAUGUGAAUUGCUUUGUGCCUUUCAAUUCCCCUCAUCUGCCGAUUGCUUCUCUCUGAUUGGUAUAGUUGCGAACCAGGUGUUAACUAUGGGUGUGGGGAGGAGCGUUUCACUUUUCACUCCUCCUUGAAGAUAACGGGAAAAUAUUUUCACACCUCGAGUGUAAAUAUACACUAGGAGUCAAGGUAGUUUGAAAUUGUAUACUCCCGAAUAUAUGAUAGAAAGGUAAACGAAAUUUGGCAUGGAUGGUGUAAAUAAUAGAAGUGAAUGGAUAGAAACAAUUAAGGGCCUAAACGGACAAGUAGCAGCUGCCAGAGUAGGUGGUCGCAUUGCUACCAGACAAAUAAAUGAAUCAAUUGACGCUUUGUAAAGAGCAUAAUGAUUGGUUCGAUGGACAAAAGAUAGCGUGAUGUCAGGAUAUUUAUAGAAAGUGAUAGAUAAUGAAUAGGCGAGCCAAUCAAAUGUCAUAUCGACAAGACAAACACCAAACAGUCUUUAGAAUUUCUAAUUUAUAUAUUAUUGCCACAGAACAGCCUCCAACACUUCAGAAUUAACUCUGUCAAACACAAGCAAAAUGGCCUCUUCAAACCACGACCAUCAACUAAGCAGCUACGAGCCUGAGCUCAAGAAAGACGAUAGCGACUCGAGCCAAGUUGAGAGCGAAAAAGCCGAAACUAAGGAGGCCUCGUCGAAAGAUCCCAAUGUGAAGCCGCCGUACUCUUACGUCGCGCUGAUCGCGAUGGCGAUUCGAGAGUCUUCAGAAAAGCGGUUAACCCUCAAUGGAAUCUACCAGUACAUUAUCAGUAAGUUUCCGUUUUACGAGAAGAAUAAGAAGGGAUGGCAAAAUUCCAUACGGCACAAUUUGUCACUCAAUGAGUGUUUCAUUAAAGUUCCCCGAGAAGGCGGCGGGGAGAGAAAAGGAAACUACUGGACCUUAGAUCCAGCUUGCGAGGAUAUGUUUGAGAAAGGUAACUACAGGCGCCGGCGCCGCAUGAAGAGACCUUACCGGCAACAAACUCUGCAGCACACCAACGGAAUGCUAACAGAUCCGCGCGCGGCAGCGUAUGGAAACUUCAUCGCUCCCAAGUGGUCAGCUUAUAAUCCAGUUCAAAGUGUACCUACUGCAGGAGGAAACUGGCGAACUGCUCAGCCUGCUGGCCCUCUUUCGUACCCGUGCAACCCGCAAUCGUCUAGAGUUCCACCGGGGUAUGCGGUUGCACCCUACAUGAACAUGGGAUCAACUGUUGGAGUCCCAGUCAGCUCAUACACAGGUACGCAGUAUUCUACACAAAUCCAGAACCCCGUGAAUAAUCAAUGUGGGUACGGAGCCGUGGCAAUGCCCAGUGUAGGUUGUCGCAGACAAACUGAUCAUACAGCCGCAGUGCAUGGCCAUCAUUUUACUAAUCCGUACUGGAAUCCACCUGACAAGCAUUCAUUUGACGCUCAACCACGUUCAUAGGGUAAACGUGUGCGAGAGAUUAUUGACUGAAAAAACGUUUCUACGAUCUAGAGAUUUUAUUUAUAUGAGAACACAUAAGAAUUACUCUUGGACCUGACUGCAAAUAGAGAAAGAAAAGUACGGAAAAAGCCUCUUAAAAAAAGCAAAAAAAAAAAGCGAACUAACAAACUCGAGAUGUACGCUCCAAAAUUAUAGAGAUUUCAUGUAAUAUUUGAGUAUUAUAUUUACUUUAAUCAUUAAAUCAGAAGCCCCUUGAUAUGGUAUCUGGGCAUUCCAACCAGUUCAGCAGUUGACCUUCCAAACAAAUCAAAUUGUACCAAAUCUAAUAUUAUCUACGAUAAAGGAAAAAAAGGAAAUGAAAAUUCUCCUAAGAUUUAUUCUUAUUGCGCACGUUUUCGAAUGCUCGAAGUUCAAACUGAAAGUUGACGAGCUAGUAAAUUCAUUAGGUACACUUUUGUGAACUGUUAUUAGUGUAGACUUUCUACUUCAGCGUGAAUGCGUGAAACGCCAAUGAUCUCUUUUACCGCGUGAAGUCUUUUAGCUUUUAACUGUAACUUGCAGUUACACUUUCAACAAAGAGGAUUUUGUCGAUCUGUUCAAUCCAUUUUAGAAUUUUGAGGAAGUACCUCUAGUGUUUGUUGACUUUGAUUUUGAAUAAUUUCUCGAACCGGCGGUUACUCGCCACUUAAAAAGGUUCAAGGAAGAAAUGGAAGAAACGAACUUUUUGAAAAUAAUUUAUUUGCCGAUGCGGCAUUGUCACUGUCUUUUCUAUGCCUUCAAAGAAAAUAAACUCAUAGUCAGGG